AGCCCCCGGCGGCCUCCGUGCCCGCCCGGUGCAAUCAGGGGAACCGUCCGAGAAGAAGAAACUUCCGAGUGAUCCAUACUCGCGCCGCAGUGUAAUUUGUGAUUUGCUUGUGACCGCUCGAGAAAUAUGCGCACCACACUCGCUCUGAUAGCAUUGGUUUGGGCAUGCCUUUUAUCACAAGCACAGUUUAGCCUAAUCCCAGACUUGGUCGCGCCUGAUGAAGAUAGACUACCGCCAUGGGAGCCGCCGGGACGCAUGUUCUUUUCCAAAGAUCAAGUGAUGCGGGCAGUGGAACGCGCAAAGGAAAAAAUCAAGGCGAGGAGAGAAGAGGAAUUUGUCUUUUGGAGCAAACACGGAGGUGUGGAUCCUCGUUCACCGCAAGGCACGGCGGCCGCCUUCAACAAACCAACCUUGGACGCCUUGGAGAGAGCCAAUGUGUCCCACCUGUACGAGAUGGCCUCUGAGGAGCUUUUCAACAUCCGCAGUAACAGAAUUCGCCGGCAGCUAGCUGGCGACCUUGUCGACUUUGGGCCAAAUAGCAUCUUCGACGACAACACCCUGGCCGGCGGUUUCACCCCCAAUGCAGGUCCCGGCCUGAUAACAGGAUCGGCGCCCGACUUUUCCGACGUCAUCGCUCCACCGGCCAGCUUGCAGAGGUGCGGUCUGACAGAACCUGGACCCACAGGGUGCGACCCGACCUCGCCCUUCAGAUCGUUCAGCGGCGUUUGCAACAAUUUGCGCAGACCCAACUGGGGCAGGUCGUUGACCCCGUUCUCCCGUAUCUUGCCUGCUGUGUACGAAAAUGGGGUUUCGCACCCCAAGACAACAGGAGUGAGCGGCGCACCGCUUCCUUCUCCCAGAACUGUUUCCACAUCAGUGCACACAGACGUGAGCCACCUGCACGCGCGCUACUCCCUCAUGACGAUGCAGUACGCGCAAUUCCUAGACCACGAUAUUUCAUUCACGCCCGUCCACCGCGGCUUUUUCGUGUCCAUUCCCGACUGCAGAGAUUGUGAUUCAGCCCGACAGGUGCACCCUGAGUGUAUGCCCAUCCCCGUACCUCCUGGUGACCCGUACCACCCACCCCUGAACAACACCAACGGCCGCCCUAAGUGUUUCUCCUUCAUGAGAUCUCUUCCCGGACAGCUUAGCAUUGGACCCAGGGAGCAAGUGAAUCAGAACUCUGCUUUUCUUGACGCGUCUCACGUUUACGGAGAGCACAUAUGCCGCAUCACUUCACUCCGAGGCUCAGGCGGCCGAAUGAACACCACUAUCCUGCCACCUUUGGCGCCGAACUCUCCUAUCAGGGAGCUCCUUCCUCAGGUCGGAACCAAUCCCGAGUGCAGGGCCCAGAGUGGCCUUUGCUUCGCUGCUGGUGAUGGAAGAGCGAGUGAACAACCAGGUCUAACUGUGAUGCACACCAUGUUCAUGAGAGAGCACAAUCGCAUUGCUGACGCAUUGCACCUGAUCAACCCCCGUUGGAGCGAAGAAAUUGUUUUCCACCACGCCAGGCGCAUUGUGGCCGCCGAGACCCAACACAUCACUUUCUCCGAAUUCUUGCCCCGUGUUCUGGGGCCUGAAGCUAUUAAUAAAUACAAACUUGGACUUCAGACAGAUGGAUACUACAAUGGAUAUGAUGCCACCUGCAAUCCCAGCGUUCUGAACGAGUUUGCCACGGCGGCCUUCCGCUUUGGCCACAGCCUUCUUCGCCCCCAUCUGCCGCGCGCCGGUCCCCGAUGGGAACCCCUGACCCCUCCACUCCUUCUCCGAGAUGCCUUUUUCGACCCCAGCAUGCUGCUCAUCCCCCGGAUGUUUGACGAGCUGACCAGAGGUCUCUUGGCUGCGCCCAUGGAAGACAUGGACCGCUUCAUCACAGGCGAGGUCACCAAUCACCUGUUUGAGGUGCGCCGAAGCCCUCACUCGGGAAUGGACUUAGCGGCCCUCAACAUCCAAAGAGGAAGAGACCACGCGCUGCAGUCGUACAAUGAGUACCGUACUGUGUGCGGUCUGCCGAAGGCUGUCGUUUGGGAGGAUCUUUCCCGCGAAAUUCCGACUGAAGCGAUUGAAAGACUGCGUAAUGUAUACGAAAGCGUGGACGACGUCGAGUUGUUCCCUGGAGGAUUGAGUGAAACUGCCCUUCCUGGGGGUCUUGUCGGCCCGACCUUUGCCUGCAUCAUGGCCCGCCAGUUCAGACAACUCAGAGACUGUGACAGAUUUUGGUAUGAGACGAACUCUCAGGUUGAAAGAUUUUCUCCAGCCCAACUGCAGGAACUGCGCAAAUCUAGCCUUUCCAAGGUUGUUUGUAACAACAUGGACGCACCUAUUGACAUUCAGCCUGUCGCUUUUGAUCAGCCAAACGGUUCAACAAAUCCUCGUAUUAGCUGCCAAUCUUUGCCAGGCGUUGACCUGAAUGCCUGGAGGGAUGUUGGAGCGCAGGGUCGAGCCUUGAACAAUGGACCUGCAGGGCCUCCUCUUCCCGACGCUUCCUGCCAAAUCCAGGGCAGACUGGUUCGAAUGGGCGCCAGAGUCCUCACCACUCCUUGCACCAGCUGCCAAUGCACACCCAGUGGACCGAGAUGUAGGUCUAUCCGGGUAACCGACUGCGGCAUUUUGAUCCGACGCGCCGGUCCUGCUGCCGUUCGCAGGGAUGACGUCUGCAUGGCCCAGUGUGGAAGAGCCCUCUUCAAUGGUCCUCCAGGGCCCUCUGGUCCCCCCGGACCUCUCAAUUUGCCAGUGUCGCCUCUCCUGUCCAGAGGUACCCCUCCAUCUGGACCGUCCGGCCCUGACGACGGCAGCCUCCUGGACCUGAGACCUCCCCCGAGGAUCGUGAGGCCGCCACCCAGCAGAGGACCCCUCUUCAGUCUCCUCGGCCUGCUCGGAUAACGUCCUCGAGCUUUUGUCAUUUUUGCUCAAAAUUCCAACGUCAUCCAUCAAUCCAUCGUUUUACGUUUCGGUGCUAAUCAUUUAUUCGUAUACAACUUUGACUUAGGUUUCGCGCCUAGAGCCUUUUAGUGUAUAUACAUUUUUUUUUUACAUUUUCAUCUGCUGCAUUUGCUCAGUGAAAGGUUCAAGGCAGAUGGAUCUCUCUGAGCUUUGCCAUGCCUUCAGGGCCUCCAACCUGCUUGAGUAGUUGUAUAUAUUUUUAUACCUAGACAUAUAAUUUUAUAAAUGUAUGAGCGUGAUAGGCACACUUAUACUGCGUGGAACUGAAAUUUUGUCCGGGAAAUUUUAAUUUCAUGACGUCAAACCAGAGUACAAUUUAGUCGCAGAGCAUUUUGUGAGAAAAGACUGUCCGCGAAAACAGCCGCAAUCGCAAGCUGCUCUCCAUUCUUUUAGCGGGAGAUGAACGAGAUAGAUAUUCUUAUAGAUUCGGGCAACAAUUUUAUUUAUUAUCUGCACGACAAAACAAGGUUUGCUAUCGUUAACAUUUAAAUAAUUAACUAAAGAGAGAGAAAGAGUAAUCGAUUGAUUGGUUAACAGAGUGUGUCCUACCUAACUAUGAAUUUAGAUAUAAUAGCGAGUGAAAUAAAUGCGCUGGUUUAUAUACUGAAAAGCUGCUGCUUUUAAU